AUGAGAUCUUUCCACAGACCAGGGUCGUCUCAGAAGGUGUCGGAUACACCCCCAUUGCCUAUCAGUGCUGAAGCCAGACUCACUAGAAGUACCACUCGUGGGCGUGCUCGCAGCACGGCUUCGCGGGAAGACCCGUCUAGUACCAUUGCCUCUCAAGCCCGUGCAAUACCUAUUUUUACACCAGUCGACGAACCAGGUACCGCUAAGGUCGAAAGGAAACGGACCGUCAAGAGCGCUGAUGGCAUCAAGUCCGCGCGAACCUCUACUGAACACUCGCGACCUCCGCCGCCUCUUCCAGCUCCUGCAGAAGUUAUUGCUCGUCAAAAUCAUGCCAAAAUCACUUUGACCCAACAGCGGGUUUUCAUUGGUGAUAGACAGCGGUUUGUCGUCGUUGAAAUCAGUUCGUCGACAUCUGCCGGUGAGGUUGUUCGCAUGGUUGAAGCUCAAGGGGCAUUUAAGGAGUGGAGGGGAAGUGGAGGUUGGAUGUUGUUCGAAAUAGCUCAAGACUUUGGGAUGGAGCGACCUAUCAGGAGUUUCGAAUUGUUGUCUGACGUCGAGGCUUCAUGGAAUAAAGACAAACUUGUCAAUGUCUUCUUGUUGAAACUUACUCCGUUGGCCUCAAUCCUGAGUCGUUCCGCACUUCCAUCCAGUUCUCCAACUCACUCAGGUUACGUCGAAUGGGAGAGCAAGCGAGGCAAGUGGAAUAAGCGGUAUUUGAUGUUGAAAGAACAUUCUCUGUGGCUUUCGAAGCGCGAUAACGGAAGAGACGAAAUCAUGCUAUGUUCACUGUCCAAUUUUGACGCAUAUCAGAUCACUCGUCUUGUGAGAGCCCCGAAGGACUUUACAUUCGCCGUGAAAUCUACCGAUAACCUAUCAUUCUUCGAAAAUACUGCAGAUUAUCUCCAUAUAUUCUCUUGUAAAACGGAUGCUGGGGAGAAAUGGAUGGAAAAAAUAUUACUUGCUCGUUCUUAUAUUCUCCACCAAGAGCGGAACAUCUUAUUCAAAGCACCUGCUAAAGCUCAUCAGAAGUCACCUCCCCCUCAGACUGUGUCAACGGGUCUGUCUCGUUCGCUCACAAAGAGAGCUGGAGCUACUCAGCCCUUAGUCAAUGUCAAUCCGGGCAACCUCUUUGAACCAGGGUCUCUUCUACAUGGGUGA